CCCUAGCGGCCGAACGGUAAACUGCAGAAGUCCACAUUUCUGUCUGCCGGAGAGCUGGAGGAGCUGUCCACCAACACGGUGCUGAAGCUGUCAGACACGGAGCUUCACGGUGCAUCAAGUUGUUCUGUGUCUCACUCGUCUAAAGGAUGCACUGGUCAAUGAACACACUGCCUUUGCCUGAGUAUGUUGAGCUUGGUGUCCGUUCACUGAGUGGCCUUCUGUGGACUCUGCUAUUUUUGUUUCUGUGGCACUGCUACAGGAUUGGUACUGACCUUCCAAUCCCAGGCCAUGCUGUAAAUUCAAAAUCGAGCUCAAGGCGGUCCAUGAUUUCCCGUAGUGGUGUGUGUAUAGGAACAAACUGCAGUGCCCGGUCCAAGUUGUCCAGAAGCGAACAACUUGCUCCCUUCAUUUCUAUGGAAACAGCGAAGAAUGAAGAGCAGGGACAGGGCUACCUCACCCCAGUGCUGAGUCAUACCUUGUUCCCUGCCCAGGCAUCUGCAGAAGCCAAGAAGCUGUAUGCAGCACUGCAAGAGUAUGCCAAGCGUUACAGCUGGGUGGGCAUGGGCCGCAUUCAUAAAGGCCUUCGUGAGCAGGUCAGACUGAACGAUCUCUCCACCAUACAGAAGCCACAUCUCUUCUUCCUGCCAGAUGUCCCAAGUGUUCCUUUUUUCCCACGUGAUGCUCAUCGACAUGAUAUUGAGGUCUUGGAAGCUAACUAUCCUGCUAUCUUGGCUGAAUUCCAGGCUGUUUACCAAAGAGGCAUCGAUUCCAAAUUGGGCUGGACCUCUCUGAGCCCAAAGAGCCAGGCUGUGUUUCCCUUGUACAGUGCAGGUGUCUGUGUGGCAAAAAACUGCCGCUCCUGUCCCUCCACAUACCGCACGCUUCUUUCUCUGCGUACAUUCAUAAACAGCAACUCGCUGGGAUCUGCGGGAUUUUGGCUGCUGGGCCCCGGAGCUAUACUGGGGAGCUCCUAUGGACCAACAAACACACGCCUUCGCUGUCACCUUGGUUUGAAGACUCCCCCUUUGUGUGAGUUGGUGGUUGGAGGGGAGCCUCAGUGUUGGUCAGAGGGGCACUGCCUGCUUCUUGAUGAUUCAUUCCUUCACAUCAUCUCUCACAAAGGUCCUUCAGAGUCUGGACCCAGAGUCAUUUUAAACGUAGACCUAUGGCAUCCAAAUGUGGCUGCAGCGGAGAGACAAGCUUUGGACUUCAUGUUCACCCCCGACCUCUGAGAUUGCACCAGCACUUCCUGUGAACACCGUGCAGGGAUGCCUUAACUUAGCCCUGCUCGUCCCAGUUUACGCGUCUCACUCCAGUCAGUGAAUCACUGUGCGAAUCCUCCCUUAAGUGUUAGACAAGCCAUUAGCCAUGCAUUCAAGCAGCGUUGUAUGUUUGGUCCACAUUUGUAAGUGUCAAAACAGUGCAGUAUUUAGCUAAUGUUUCAUGCAUGACCUUCUGAUUUGAAAAUGCAAACUGACAGCACCUAGAAGCACAAAAACCAGAGCAGGGGUUAACUGCUGUAAACUUUAGCCUCUAAAGGCUGUUUAAUAUGCUAAUGUAUGCAUGAAACGCCUCAGACUUGUUAUUGUUACUGGUCUUAUCUGAGCUGUUGUUGCACGUGCAUGGGAAAUUUUUAGAUGAUUCAACCCAAAAAACUGUGAAUACUUACAUGAAAAUUAAAUAAAUGCAUACAUUUUAAUGUAUUUUUUUCUCUUAAGAUAAUCCCAAUCAAAACAUAACCAAAUUUACAAUGGUUUUUCUUUCUUGUAUAACAGCUCUUUUUAUGCCUGAAAGUUUCUGUCGACAAAGUUAUUAUAUUUUUGCUUUCUUAACAAAUUCUCUCUGCUAGUUUGUUUGUUGUUACAUAUUUUAUGUACAGUAAAAUGUAAAAAAUAUAUGGAAAUUAGACUUGUUGUCUAUGAUGUCAUUUACUUGAAUAAAAAAUGAUUGA